AUGUACGACACCGACGGCUCCGUUGACCCGGAGACGCUCUACACGAAACAGAGUUGCAUUGGCGGAGGCAGCUUCGGCAAAGUAUACAAAGGCGUCGACAAGCGGACUGGCCAAUCCGUGGCCAUCAAGGUCAUAGACGUCGAAAAUGCCGAGGACGAAGUAGACGACAUUAUACAAGAAAUAUCCAUCCUCUCGGAGCUGCAUUCGCCCUAUGUCACUAAAUACUACGGAUCGUACCUAAAGGGCUCGGACCUAUGGAUCAUAAUGGAGUUUUGCUCCGGGGGGAGCUGCGGCGACCUGAUGAAGCCAGGCCUAAUCCCCGAGGAGUACAUCACCAUCAUUCUGCGAGAGCUGUUGAUGGGCUUGGAGUACCUCCACGGCGACAACAAGCUACACAGAGACAUCAAGGCUGCCAACAUAUUACUUGGCGCCAACGGCCAGGUAAAACUGGCGGAUUUUGGCGUUUCUGGCCAACUGUCGGCAACAAUGACCAAGAAGAACACGUUCGUGGGUACCCCGUUCUGGAUGGCGCCCGAGGUGAUCAAACAAUCUGGAUAUGACCAUAAAGCGGACAUAUGGUCUUUGGGAAUCACCGCACUGGAGCUGGCCAACGGCGAGCCACCAUACUCCGACAUCCAUCCCAUGAAGGUUCUGUUUUUGAUUCCCAAAAACGGCCCCCCAACACUGGAGGGAAAUUUCAGCAAAGAGUUCAAAAAUUUUGUGAGCAUGUGCUUAAAGAAGGAGCCACGUGAGAGGCCCUCGGCGAAGGAUCUCCUGAAGCAUCCAUUCGUCCGAAGAGCGAAGAAGACAACGUAUCUCACGGAACUCAUAGAGCGGCAUGAGCGGUGGGUCGCCCGGAAUGGUAACAAGGAGGAAGAGAGUGACCCGGAAGAGGUGGAAGCGCAAUCGGAACCGCGGCAGCCCCACGACGAUGAUCUGUGGGACUUUGGUACGAUAAGGCCCGCAGGAAAGGGAGUGCAAGGUGGUUUGAAAGCCAUGAAUGACGCAGCUGCAAAUGCAAGGAGUCGGACAGACCGGGUACCGGGCUCCAUACAGGGACCACGAGCGCCCCGCAAACCCGUCCCUGAUAACACUGGAGAAGAGAACAUGCCAGUCCGGAUCCCUUCGAAUGGCACUGUCAGAAAUGCGAGCCCAGUACGUCCGCAGCGCGACCCUUCACCGACGAAGCACGCUCCUUCGCAGAUGCAUGUUAUGUCACCGCCUCCCGCAAAGGUACCGUUGCCUCCAUCGCCAGAGAAAGCCCCAUCCCGGCGCUCACCCGUCCGAGAGAACUCGAACCCGCUUACAUCUAAGCCGCUACCAACACCGACAAGACUAGAAAGAUUUGAGUUUGAUGAGUACUUACAAACUUCCAGAGCAGCAGAGAUGCCGUCUGGUGAAAUGAACACUCCAAACGGUAAACGGGACGCCUCACCAUUCGCCAGGUCACCGGUCAGCAAGCCACCGGGCCUAACCGGUUUGCCGUUAGACCUUCCGGAAAUCCCACCGUUUGACCCAGACCGCCGUCGAUCAUCGCACGCCUCUCAAGCCUCGCAGAAAAGCCCCAUCGGGACCCCACGCCGCACGACGCCCCAGGGCCCGAUGCUAUCCCAGCACCCUCUUCCUGCCUUCCCCCCUCCAACGCCACCUGGCGAGAGGACAUCACAGCCGCCCACGCCCUCGGCUCCGGCGGUUCAGAAACCUCUCCCGAAUCUUGGCUUGGCCAGCCCGCCCCCAAGGAGAUCGGAUAUUCCCCGCUCGAUCGGUCGCAGCUUCAGCAGGAAUUUGUCGGGCGCCAGUAGCACGGCACCCAACAACAACAGCUCAAACAGCAGCGGAGCUCCGCCAGCAGCGCCCGAGAUCACGGCUCUGACGGGGGUGGUGCUGCCGGCGCUGGAAGCGGCGUUGCACCGGCGCUCUUACAAUUACAACGGGCAGCAGAAGGCGGCGCAGCAGCAACAGUCGGCGUCGACGUCAGGGGCAAAGGGAGCGACGGGGGAAAUGCAGAAGCGGCAGCUUGUGCAUGAGAACAUUCGCAGGCUGGUGGGCAAGGCGGCGCGCGUCUUUGCCGAAAUUGAUGAGUGGGACAACCAAGCGCCGGUGGGCAUGGGCAUGGACGUGCAGGGAUUCCUGGAAGGGUUCCUGGAGGAGGUGCUGGUGCGGGUCGAGGCCGAGGACGAGUAG